CAGAGGGCCUGGGCCAGACUUGAAACGGUAUCUGCUGCGGUGCCAUCAUGGGCAACGUUAUAGAACAGUUCUUCAUUUUUGUAGGGCUGCUGGUGUGCGUGGUCUACCUGGUAAAGUGUGUGAGAUUCUCCAAAUGUGUUUUCCUGCACUUCUGGAAAGUUUUGCCGAGAUCUUUCUUGAAGUCAAUGGGACAGUGGGCAGUGAUCACUGGAGCAGGAGAUGGGAUUGGGAAAGCUUAUUCAUUUGAGCUAGCAAGACGAGGACUCAAUGUUGUACUGAUCAGCCGGACACUGGAAAAACUACAAGCCGUUGCUGCGGAGAUUGAGUGGACUACAGGGAGUAGUGUGAAGAUUAUACAAGCAGAUUUUACCAAGGAUGAUAUCUAUGGUUAUAUUGAAGAAAAACUUAAAGGCUUAGAAAUUGGAAUUUUAGUCAACAAUGUUGGAAUGCUUCCAAGCUUUCUCCCAAGCCAAUUCCUUAAUACACCGGAUGACAUCCAGAGCCUCAUCCAUUGUAACAUCACCUCGGUAGUGAAGAUGACACAGAUGAUUCUGAAACACAUGGAAUCAAGGCGGAAAGGGCUCAUCUUGAACAUUUCUUCUGGGGUGGCCCUCUUUCCCUGGCCCCUAUACUCCAGCUAUUCGGCGUCCAAGGCUUUUGUAUGCACAUUUUCCAAGGCACUGCAAGCAGAAUAUAAAGCAAAAGGAAUCACUAUCCAGGUGCUGACUCCAUACGCUGUUUCAACCCCAAUGACAAAGUAUCUCAAUACCAGCCUGAUAACCAAGACUGCUGAUGAAUUUGUUAAAGAAUCAUUGAAUUAUGUCACAAUUGGAGAUGAAAUCUGUGGCUGCCUUGCCCACGAAAUCUUGGCGAGCUUUCUGAACCUGAUCCCAUCAUGGGUCGUCUACAGCAAUGUGUUCAGGAAGCUACUACUGACUCACUAUAUUGAUUACCUCAAGCGGAACACCAACGUUAGGUAAUCCAGGUGGGCUGAUGUGCCAUCCAGCGUCGCUUUCUUACCACGUCCAGCAUUGGCCGCAGAAGACCAAGUUGCAGACUAGCACCCAUCACCUCUUGAAGCUGGAGGGCCAUGUCACAGAUACAGUAUCUAGAAUACAACUUUUGUGCCAUUUUGCUCAUUUAAAAAUCAAGGACGAAUGGAGACCAGCCUUGAAAACUCCCUGAGCAAAUAAAGCCAGUUUACUCAUAGAAACAAAAGUUAAUUUGACUUACUUUGCAAGACUACUGAUGGGAUUCAGGGCAGACCUCCCCGAAAUAUGUCACUUUGGCAUAUUGAUUAUUUCUAAUUAAAGUUACUUAAGAAAUAGCAAAAUGAACACUAUGACUCUACUUUGCCCCCUAUGAAAGCAGUAAAUAAAUUUCC